AUGAAAGAACUGAAAAACUGCCUCAGGACACCCACAUACGGCCAACGCCCGCUAGCCUUUCUUCCUCCCACAGCCCCACUCACGUGGGCCUCCAAACAGCAUUUAUUGGCCGGCUUCGCGCCACGAGACGCGAUGGACGUGAUCGCCGCCCUCAUCUUCUGCGGCGAACUUCUAGCGGGUGACGCUGUCCAAUCGGAAAGCGCCUUUCCGCCGGCUGGGCCCUCCGCCUGCCCCCAGCGGCGAGGGGCGGGGCCGGCGCGGGCGCAGAGGCGUCACGCACUCCAUGGUAACGACGCUCGGCCCGAAGAUGGCGGCCGAAUGGGGCGGAGGAGUGGGUUACUCGGGCUCAGGCCCGGGCCGGAGCCGGUGGCGCUGGAGCGGGUCAUAAAUAAAGUUCAUCUUAAGGCAAAUCAUGUGGUCAAGAGAGAUGUUGAUGAGCAUUUAAGAAUCAAGACUGUCUAUGAUAAAAGUGUUGAAGAGUUGCUCCCUGAGAAAAAGAAUCUUGUAAAGAACAAGCUUUUCCCACAAGCGAUUUCUUAUUUAGAGAAGACUUUUCAGGUCCGUCGACCUGCGGGUGCUAUCUUACUUAGCAGACAAUGUGCAACAAACCAAUACCUCCGGAAGGAAAACGAUCCUCACAGGUACUGCACCGGGGAGUGUGCCACACACACAAAGUGCGGCCCUGUUAUUGUUCCUGAGGAACAUCUCCAGCAAUGCCGGGUCUACCGUGGGGGUAAGUGGCCUCAUGGAGCAGUGGGUGUACCAGACCAAGAAGGCAUCUCAGAUGCAGACUUUGUUCUUUACGUUGGUGCUCUGGCCACCGAGAGAUGCAGCCAUGAAAACAUCAUCUCUUAUGCAGCCUAUUGUCAGCAGGAAGCAAACAUGGACAGGCCAAUAGCAGGAUAUGCUAACCUGUGUCCAAAUAUGAUCUCUACCCAGCCUCAGGAGUUUGUUGGGAUGCUGUCCACAGUGAAACAUGAGGUUAUUCAUGCCCUGGGUUUCUCUGCUGGGCUGUUUGCAUUCUACCAUGAUAAAGAUGGAAAUCCUCUCACUUCAAGAUUUGCAGAUGGCCUCCCACCUUUUAAUUAUAGUCUGGGAUUAUAUCAGUGGAGUGAUAAAGUAGUUCGAAAAGUGGAGAGAUUAUGGGAUGUUCGAGAUAAUAAGAUAGUUCGUCACACUGUGUAUCUCCUGGUAACGCCUCGUGUUGUUGAGGAAGCACGAAAACAUUUUGAUUGUCCAGUUCUAGAGGGAAUGGAACUUGAAAAUCAAGGUGGUAUGGGCACUGAGCUCAACCAUUGGGAAAAAAGGUUAUUAGAGAAUGAAGCGAUGACUGGUUCUCACACUCAGAAUCGAGUACUCUCUCGAAUCACUCUGGCAUUAAUGGAGGACACCGGCUGGUAUAAAGCAAAUUACAGCAUGGCUGAGAAGUUAGACUGGGGCCGAGGAAUGGGCUGUGACUUUGUCAGGAAGAGCUGUAAAUUCUGGAUUGAUCAGCAGAGACAAAAGAGACAGAUGCUGAGCCCUUACUGUGACACGCUCAGAAGUAACCCACUGCAGCUAACUUGCAGACAGGACCAGAGAGCAGUUGCCGUGUGUAAUUUGCAGAAGUUCCCUAAGCCUUUGCCACAGGAAUACCAGUACUUUGAUGAACUCAGUGGAAUACCUGCAGAAGAUUUGCCUUAUUAUGGUGGCUCCGUGGAAAUUGCUGACUACUGCCCUUUCAGUCAGGAAUUCAGUUGGCAUUUAAGUGGUGAAUAUCAGCGCAGCUCAGAUUGUAGAAUAUUGGAAAAUCAACCAGAAAUUUUUAAGAACUAUGGCGCUGAAAAGUAUGGACCUCAUUCCGUUUGUCUAAUUCAGAAAUCAGCAUUCGUUAUGGAGAAGUGUGAGAGGAAGCUGAGUUACCCAGACUGGGGAAGCGGAUGCUAUCAGGUUUCUUGUUCUCCUCAAGGUCUGAAAGUUUGGGUCCAAGAUACUUCAUAUUUGUGUAGUCGGGCUGGGCAGGUCCUCCCCGUCAGUAUCCAGAUGAAUGGCUGGAUUCACGAUGGAAACCUGCUCUGCCCAUCAUGUUGGGACUUCUGUGAGCUCUGUCCUCCAGAAACAGAUCCUCCAGCCACUAACCUGACCCGAGCUCUGCCACUUGAUCUUUGUUCCUGUUCCUCGAGCCUGGUGGUCACCCUCUGGCUUCUGCUAGGCAAUCUGUUUCCUCUGCUGGCUGGAUUUCUUCUGUGUAUAUGGCACUAGGAAUGGAAAAGUGGAUCUUCAAGAUAUUCUUUUAUGUUAUGUUCUUGUGAACAAAGCACAAAGUUUGAGUGAGUGCCAACCUAUGCAGAUGGUAGAAGUGGCAUUCCUUGCUUUGGCUUGGAAGAAUUGACGACCAUCAGACCUUGAAGCAGAACUUCACAGCAGCCUGUCCUCAUCAGCAACCCAACAACCUUCAUCAGCAACCCAACCACCUUCAUCAGCAACCCAACCACCUCGUCAGCAACCCAGCCACCUUCAUCAGCAACCCAACCACCUCAUCAGCAACCCAGCCACCUUCAUCAGCAACCCAACCACCUCAUCAGCAACCCAACCACCUCGUCAGCAACCCAGCCGCCUUCAUCAGCAACCCAACCACCUCAUCAGCAACCCAGCCACCUUCAUCAGCAACCCAACCACCUCAUCAGCAACCCAACCACUUUCAUCUGCAACCCAACCACUUUCAUCAGCAACUCAACACCUUCAUCCGCAACCCAACCACCAUCUUCAGCAACCCAACCACCUCAUCUUGGAGAAGGAGAAGGAACUGCAAGCCACCAAGUCUUCAUUUUUCAGGGUUUGUAAUCUUCCCAAAGUUUUCCUUUGAAAAUAGGAUAAUGGGUGGAAUUUUCAGAGUGAUUACAUACCUCAACAUUUUUAUUAACAUACAACAAUGGGAAAGUUCAUCAUCCAUAUACUGCAGUCACUUAAACAACAGCCAAUUAUUGCAAGAUUAGAAUUGGAGAUCUUGUCCUCAAAAGUAUAAAUUGUCCUUUGAGUUAUAGAAAAUAAUGGAAUUGGGAUUUCUACAUAUCAUUAUUAUACCUAUUUUAAAUUUAAUGGCAGCCAGGCAUGGUGGUGCCUGCCUGUAGUUCCAGCUACUUGGGAGGCUGAGGCAGGAGGAUCGCUUGAGCCCAGGAGUUCAAGGCUGCAGUGAGCUAUGAUUGCACCACUGUAUUCCAGCCUGCACAAUAGAGUUAGACCCUGUAUCUUAAAAAAAAAAAAAAAUUAAUGGCUGGUAUAUAGUAAACUUAAUUCACUGUUCCCAUUGUUUGUUCUAAAGAAUUUUUUAAAAUAAUGUUUCAUUAAAUCUUAUGAUUUAA